AUGCUGACACGGGGACUGGAUCGGCCAGGGCUUGCGCGUAUGGUUAUCACCGGGAAAAGUGUGUCCAUGCAAAUUCCUGGCCACAGGAUAAAUGCGACUGAAGUACUCCAGGCCGCGCCAAUACCUAAAGACAGGCGGAAGGUCUACAUGCGAAGACUGAAAUCACAUACAACUGUCGAAGCAGUUACUCCCCGCAAAGUUACAUGGGUCCCUUUCGAAGACGGCGUACUCCUGUGCGAGGCGGUGGGCCUCAAGGAGAAGCUACUACCGCUUCUUCUUUAUGCAGGGCGUAGUCUUCCCUACACAGAGAAGAAUUAUCUCCAGAUUCGCCGACGCCCUGCGACCAUACAACCUGUUGGCGAGUCUUCGCGAGCGUCUCUUGCGAUUCGGUUGACUUGGAACAUUGAGUUUUGUAUACGUCAAGUAACAAUUUUCGCAUUCGCAUUGUGCAAAAUUCGCACAUGA